AGCUAGAAAAGAAAUAUUAAUGGAUGCUGACACAUUGAAGCAAUCUUGAUUGUAGAAAUGUAAAUUGGAUUGUUUAUUAAAUAUGUUAUAACUGCUUAACACCUUGGCUUGCAGGAUGCCAUGGCUUUUAACAAGUUCAAUGUUCUCCACUGGCACAUAGUUGAUGACCAGUCUUUUCCGUACCAGAGCACCACUUUCCCUGAGUUGAGCAAUCAAGGGCGCUAUUCACCAGCUCAUGUGUAUACCCCAAACGAUGUCUAUAAAGUGAUUGAAUAUGCCCGGUUACGAGGGAUUCGAGUUAUACCGGAAUUUAACACCCCUGGACACACAAAGUCUUGGGGGAAAGGUCAAAAAGAUCUCCUGACUCCAUGCUAUAAUACAAAGCUGCAAAAAGGGACUUUUGACAUUGUAAAUCCUGUCCCACUAUCAACUUACAUCUUCAUGUAUAAGUUUUUGGAAGAAAUUAGUCAAGUGUUUCCAGAUAAAUUUAUUCAUUUGGGAGGACAUGAAGUACCAUUCUACUGUUGGGCGUCCAAUCCAGAAAUUCAAGCUUUCAUGAAAGCCACUGGCUUACCUCAGGAAUUAAAUUUACUACAAUCUUUCUAUAUUAAAAAGCUUAUGAACAUUGUUUUAAGUCUAAGGAAAACAGCCAUAGUUUGGCAAGAUGUUUUCAGUAAGAAAGAAAAGUUUCAUCCAGGAACAGUGAUCCAAAUAUGGAAAAGGGAACAAUAUUCUAGUUAUCAAACUAUGAUCACAGACGCUGGCUUCCAGGUGAUCCUUUCUGCUCCGUGGGACUUAGAUCAUAUAAGUUAUGGAGAAGACUGGAUAAAGUACUAUGAAGUGGAGCCCCUUGAUUUUUCCGGUUCUCAGACACAGAAACAGCUGGUCAUUGGCGGAGAAGCCUGUCUGUGGGGAGAAUAUGUGGAUGGAACUAACCUCACACCGACAUUAUGGCCUCGGGCAAGUGCAGUUGGUGAAAGACUCUGGAGUCAAAAAGAGGUCCGUGAUCUACUUGAUGCUUCUAAGAGACUGACCAUUCACCGCUGCAGAAUGGUCAGACGUGGAAUCACUGCACAACCUGUUUCUGUUGGAUACUGUGACCAUCAGUUCAAAGAGUAAAAACAGAGAGAAACUGGGGGCCAG